AAUUGUCCGGAGAACGAGGAUCCACACUUCUACGGCAAAUUUGUCGAAAAUAUUUGUGACAUAUUUUACGAAAAUUGUGACAUGUUCGACCUAAUACGCCUGCUGCCCGAACUUUUUGACAAAUUUAUGAGACCGGUGAAUGAGCAAAGAGGUUUGAAAGCCAGCACGUCGAUACGGAUUCAUCCGCAUUUAGAUCCGGCCUUUGAUGGAUUAUACAUGCAGGAUACGCCGAACAACGCUGUCAAACCAGAGGAACAGUUACCCAAGUGGUCAUUGUAUUUGUUAAUGGCGGCCUUCUUAGGUUCAUAUAUUUCCCCACAACUGGAUCAAAGAUAUUUUGCGAAAUCGACCGAUAAACAACGAUCCCCUAAAAAGAGAAAGGUGAUCAAUAAUUCCGGAAGGCUUGCAUCGGAGAAGAAAGGACCGCAACCAUGUGAAAUGGAACGCGUAUUGGCCAUUUUUAAGAGCAUAUACGUCGACCGGGUCAUUCCAACCUUCGAUAUUCAGAUGCAGUCUGUAACUGAAUUUCAUCUUCCACUUGUUAUGGUAGUUAUCGGUAUCGAUUUGGGUACGACCUACUCUUGCGUUGGCGUACACGUAAAUGGACGGGUUGAAAUCUUGGCCAAUGACCAGGGUAAUCGUAUCACGCCUUCAUACGUCGCAUUUACUGACGACGAACGUCUGGUGGGAGACGCGGCGAAGAAUCAGGCUGCGAAUAAUCCAGAGAACACUAUUUUUGACGCAAAACGAUUGAUCGGUCGUCGAUUCAGUGAUAAAGAAGUUCAAAAUGAUAUGAGACAUUUCCCAUUCAAGGUCGUCGACAAAGACGGUAAACCGAUUAUUCAGGUCAAGGUGAAGGGUGAGAUAAAGACGUUUACUCCCGAAGAAAUUUCGGCUAUGGUUCUUGGUAAAAUGAAAGAGAUCGCCGAAUCAUAUUUGGGAAAGAAGGUCACUCAUGCCGUAGUAACGGUCCCUGCUUACUUUAAUGACGCUCAACGUCAAGCCACGAAAGAUGCCGGUACCAUUGCUGGCCUCAAUGUUCUCCGUAUUGUGAAUGAACCGACAGCCGCGGCGAUCGCAUAUGGUCUCGAUAAAUCCGAUGGCGAAAGACAAAUCCUCGUCUAUGAUCUCGGUGGUGGUACCUUUGAUGUCUCCCUUCUGUCCAUCGAUGAUGGCGUCUUCGAAGUGUUGGCGACUGCCGGCGACACUCACUUGGGUGGUGAAGAUUUUGACAAUCGUGUUAUCGAUCACUUCGUCAAACUUUACAAAAAGAAGAAUAAGGUCGACAUCACCAAAGAUCUGAAAGCCAUGGGCAAACUCAAGCGUGAGGUUGAGAAGGCUAAGCGCACAUUAUCAUCACAAAUGUCAACUCGCAUCGAAAUCGAAUCAUUCUAUGACGGAAAAGAUUUCUCGGAGACAUUAACACGUGCCAAAUUUGAAGAACUUAACAACGACCUAUUCAAGAAGACUCUGAAACCAGUCGAGCAAGUGUUGAAAGAUGCAAGUAUCGAGAAAAAAGAUGUACACGAUAUUGUUCUUGUUGGUGGUUCCACUCGUAUUCCCAAGGUCGUACAACUUCUUGAAGAAUUUUUCAAUGGUAAGAAAGCAUCCAAGAAUAUUAACCCCGACGAGGCGGUUGCCUAUGGUGCCGCAAUUCAAGGGGGUAUCCUUUCCGGUGAUGAACGAGUCAAGGAUGUUCUGUUGGUCGACAUCUGCCCUCUCACUCUCGGCAUAGAAACAACUGGUGGGGUUAUGACCAAAUUGAUUCCUCGUAAUACGGUGAUACCCACAAAGAAAUCGCAAAUUUUCUCCACCGCCGCCGAUAAUCAACCUACC